AAUGGACAAUAUUUCUACAGAUUAAUAAGAAAAUCCAGAUAAUUCUAAUAAUCAAUAAUAGGAAGCUUAAGAAAAUUAGCAAUAAUUUGAAUAAAUUCAAAAAGAAAAAGAAAAAUGUUUAGAAUUAAAGAAUAAGGCAAGCUUAUUAUUUACUCAAUAAAAAUAUGAAGAAGCUGCUGAUAUUUACAAUGAAGCUAUUGAUUAUUGCCCAUUAGAAGAUGUAAAUAUGUUAUGCAUUUUAAAUUCAAAUAUUGCUAUUUGCUUAAUGAAGCUAUUGGAUUUUGAAAGUGCCUUAGAGCAUUGCUCUAAAGCACUUGAAUUUAAUCCUGAAUUUAUUAAAGCUUUAUUGAAUCGAGCUGAAUGUUAUGAAAAAACAGAUAAGUUAGAAGAAGCAUUAGAAGGUAAUUGUUCUAGAAUAAUUUUAGAUUAUAAGAAAUUAAAAGAAUUAUAACCUAAAGAUAAUACUAUAAUAAAAAAAUACAAUUAAUUAGAUUAAAAAGUUUAAGAAUUACAAGAAAAAAGAAAGAAUGAAGCUUUGAAA